CUUAUUGGCGCCGUGAGGAGAGGCGGAAUGUUCAACUCCUGAGUCCGGUGUAAGCGUGGGAGCCCUGCGGGCCACCUUCCUCAACCCCCGCCGCCAUCGUCGCGCGGGGUUUUCGCUCCCCGGCUGCAGCUCGUGCCCGCCCGGGAGCCAGAUUUUGUGGAAGUUUACUACUUUGUCAUUAUGAGAUGUCGUCUCUCGGUACCUCCUUUGUGCAAAUUAAAUUUGAUGACUUGCAGUUUUUUGAAAACUGCGGUGGAGGAAGUUUUGGUAGUGUUUAUCGAGCCAAAUGGAUAUCACAGGACAAGGAGGUGGCUGUAAAGAAGCUACUCAAAAUAGAGAAAGAGGCAGAAAUACUCAGUGUCCUCAGUCACAGAAACAUCAUCCAGUUUUAUGGAGUAAUUCUUGAACCUCCCAACUAUGGCAUCGUCACAGAAUACGCUUCCCUGGGAUCCCUGUAUGAUUACAUUAACAGUAACAGAAGUGAAGAGAUGGAUAUGGAUCAUAUCAUGACCUGGGCCACCGAUGUCGCUAAAGGGAUGCACUAUUUACACAUGGAGGCUCCCGUCAAGGUCAUUCACAGAGAUCUCAAGUCAAGAAACGUUGUUAUUGCUGCCGAUGGAGUUUUGAAGAUCUGUGAUUUUGGUGCCUCUCGGUUCCAUAACCAUACAACACACAUGUCCUUGGUUGGAACUUUCCCAUGGAUGGCUCCAGAAGUUAUCCAGAGUCUUCCUGUGUCUGAAACCUGUGACACAUAUUCCUAUGGUGUGGUUCUCUGGGAGAUGCUAACAAGGGAGGUCCCCUUUAAAGGUUUGGAAGGAUUACAAGUAGCUUGGCUUGUAGUGGAAAAAAACGAGAGACUAACCAUUCCAAGCAGUUGCCCAAGAAGUUUUGCUGAAUUAUUACAUCAGUGUUGGGAAGCUGAUGCCAAGAAACGGCCAUCAUUCAAGCAGAUCAUUUCAAUUCUGGAGUCCAUGUCAAACGACACGAACCUUCCUGACCAGUGUAACUCGUUCUUGCACAACAAGGCAGAAUGGAGGUGUGAAAUUGAGGCAACCCUUGAGAGGCUAAAGAAACUAGAGCGUGAUCUCAGCUUUAAAGAGCAGGAGCUGAAGGAACGGGAGAGACGGUUGAAGAUGUGGGAGCAGAAACUCACAGAGCAGUCCAACACCCCGCUUUUCUUGCCUCUUGCUGCAAGAAUGUCUGAGGAGUCUUACUUUGAAUCUAAAACAGAGGAGUCAAACAGUGCAGAGAUGUCAUGUCAGAUCACAGCAGCAAGUAACGGGGAGGGCCAUGGCAUGAACCCAGGUCUGCAGGCCAUGAUGCUGAUGGGCUUUGGGGAUAUCUUCUCCAUGAACAAAGCAGGAGCUGUGCUGCAUUCUGGGAUGCAGAUAAACAUGCAAGCCAAGCAGAAUUCUUCCAAAACCACAUCUAAGAGAAGGGGGAAGAAAGUCAACAUGGCCCUGGGGUUCAGUGAUUUUGACUUGUCAGAAGGUGAUGAUGAUGAUGAUGAUGAUGAUGAUGACGGUGAGGAGGAAGAGAAUGACAUGGAUAAUAAUAGUGAAUGACAGCAGAAUUGAAAAUGCUAAAAAAAAAAGGAAGAAGAAGAAACUGUCUCAGUCUGUGCAGAAAGCAGCAUAAGGAGGCAGAACACCAAGCACUGUGUUUAGGUCAAGCACAUUUAUGUGGCAGUUUCCCUCUCUCUCAGUUUUACUUUUGAUUUAUUUUUGCUUUUAGAAAAGGGAGGCCGGGGAGGGGGUGGAUUAAGGCAUAUUUAUGAAUCAGCAAUUGUGGUGCCUGAUUAUAGAAAUUGUGACUGUAUACACAGCAUAGUGUGCUUAAACUAAAGACAUUCAGGCCUUUUUCUUUUUUUAAUGAAUGUUUUGUAGUUUGUAUUUGACUUUUAUUCCCUUUAUCCGGUUGGUUGAGAAAACAUACAUUUUGAACAAGUACUUCACUCCUAAUUCUUUGACACUUGAUUCUUCUGUAACACACUAUGGUUUUUUUUUUCCUUGUGACAAUACAUUGUAAUGGUAGAAAUGAUUGAUAAUGACUAUAAAAUCCAGCCACAAAAAAAACAACCAAGAUGAAAGAAGGUUAUAACAAAAUGCUUUCAGAAAUAUCUAAACACCAAGAAUUUUCAAUACCAAAUAGCACAGCUCCUCAAACACUAUUCUCAGUGUAACAUUUGAAGGAAGAAUACUCUGAUUUGAAACAAGCAGCAGAUGUUGCAUCCUCUGGAAGCAUCUAACAAGAGCAUGCUGUCACCCAAGGUUCAGUUUGUCCUGUACACAGAGGAAGAUAUGGUCUAAGAGAUGAUUCCAGAUGAUUCUAGGCGUGCACUCAGUCUGUUCCUUACAUCCAGGAAAAGAUUUCUAUUUAUUUAUUUUCCAGAGGUGCAUAAUAAUCCUAGAAUCUGAUCUAUGUAUAGAAAAAAAUGAAUAUUCUAUAAGGAGUAGCAAAGAUAAAUUAUCCCACUUAGGCACAAGUACAUUCUGAAGGGGCCUUUCUAUGUUAAAUCUAGCUAUAUAGUUGCCUUUUAAAAAAAACUAUGCCCUGUAAUGCUGGUAUUUCAAGGAAAUAUGUAUAGAUGUUACAGCAGUGAAGACCUGGCUACCCAGAGGUCCUCUCAGAAGACCAGCACAGUUGUCAAAACUUGCUUAAACUCUGAAGUUCUACAAAAAUUAUAAUUAUAUAAAUGCAAAAUAACCCAAAGACUUUUUUGAAGUCUAAAUCAGAAGAGUAUCAUUCUACUGUAAAACUGAAAUACUUUUGAUGGAAUUUUUUAUAUAUGAAAGUUUUAAGAAAGAAUAACAUUUGGUGUGGUGGCUCACUUGGAAGCUGAGGCAGGAUGGUUGUGAGUUUAAUACCAGCCGGCCUGGGCCACUGAGCAAGACCCUGUCUCAAGAAAGCAUUAGAGGUCAUAUAUUAUUAUUUCUAAGUUUGUUUGAUCAUAAAGUCUUUUGGAAUUUGAGUUAGGAUAUGCUUCUAAACCUCACUGUAAACUGAAAAGUCAUACCUGAAAUGAUCAGCACAUUCUACAGCCUGAUUGGGGCAGAAAUAACUACAAGAAUGUUCUAGGUGUCUGCUUGCUAUACAAUCUUAGGCAAAUUAUUUAAUCUCUGUGAGCCUGUUUAUUCUUUCUUAGCAUGACAAGAAUGCUAACCUUCUUCAAAGGGAAUGUUGAAGGGAUCAGAAGAAAGUGUGUAAAACAUGCAGUAUUGAGCAGGACCAUGGCAGGUGCCUCUCAACAGCAGCUACUAUUAAUUGCCAGGUAAAAGGCACUGAAAAAUAAGUGGGUUCAGUAGCCUUCGGGAACACUAAGCUAUUGAUUUCAAGUGAUACUUGUUCAGAAGCAUGAAAUUAAGUUUAAAAUGGAUAGCUUUCAAGAAAAAUAAAGAGAACAUUCUUAGAAUAUAAGCUGUUCAAACAGGUUUAAUUCAGUUGCCCUUGGAACCUAUGUGCCAGGGCCAGGUACACCUGUCUUUAGGUGUUUGCAGGCUGGGUCCCCACGCACAGACUGAGUAAACACAGCAAAAAGGUGAACUCUGUCUAAGAUGGGUCCCCCUCAUGCCCAUUCUGCUGUAAUUCUCUCUGCAUGCAUAUACAUACUCCAGAUGUACAGCCAGACCACUUGGAUAGAAAACCUUGGAGUGGAGCAAAAGGGAUGCCUUGCAGCUCCUAAUUUCCCAGCAUGCCAUGGGGACCUGAAGGAGAAAGUGGAAGAUACAGUGUCUUAAAGCCUCUUGCACACCUGCCCAGGCAGAAAUAGUCUUUCAUUUAAUAGAUUUUCACUGGGACCCUGUUGUACGCUGAGUUCUAGGGAACAGCCAGGUGAUAGUCUUUACACUCACAGAUCGUGCAUGCUAGUGAGCAGGAAUCAACCAUCAAUAGAACAUGCAUCAUAUACUAUGCUAAUAUGUGCUAAGUGUAUACUGGAAGAUGAAGCAAGGAAGGAGGAGGAGGCUGGUGGGAGAAGAGGUUUUCAAAGUAGUAUGGUCAGGAAAGGCCCCUCUAAGAGGUAACAUUUGAGCAAAGCUGAGGAAAGUGAAGGGAUCUCUGUGAGUAGCAGGAGCUGUGCCCUGUGUAGAAGAUUGUAAACCUUGCCCCCCACUAAUUGGAGCAUGCUUAGAACAUAUAACUGGGCUGAAACUAAUAUUUUUUCUUAAUUUAUACAUAAAUUCAUAUGACUCUCUAAAUUUUUAGUGCAUUAGAAACAAUCAAAUUGUAGGGGAAAGUUACUGGGUGGGCUCUGUACCCAGAGUUGGCUUACCAUUAAUAUUUCCCCCAUCUCUCAACUGCUGCCAUUUUCCCCCACCAACGUUCCAGACAUGCUCCUAGCUAUAUACUCUGUCAAGAAACCACGGGAUUUAGGAACCGCUGGACCAGCCUUGGUGAGAAGCAUGCAAUUGCUCUCCUUCUGGAACCAGACAGUUUGGCACUGGCUGUUUUUUUACUGUUCCAAAUUCGUGUCCUUCUAGUACGAAAAUGUUCAAACCUGAAGUCUCAUAUGAACCAGAUUCUAUAAUGUUCCCACACGGUCUGUAAAAAUUACCAGAGGACCUUGCAUUCAAUUAAUUUGAUAAAGAAUAUCUGUUAGCCACAUGCAGAAUUUCUAAUGAUAUUAACUGGCAAUACCUAAUUCACUUCUCAGAUCAGUUUUUGAAAUGGCAAAUUAUCAGUGUUAGAUUUAGUCCCAAUUACUUGACUUACAAAGGUAUACACUUCAAAAAUGAAGAGUUAAAUCCUGAGAAAUGUAAAGGUUCAGAAUGAGAGUUGGAAUUCUAAAUUAUGGUAAGAAUUGUCAGUCAUACAAUUGAAAAUAUCACCUUUUACCUUUUGUUCUUUACUCGUAAAGUUGAGUGUGUAGGAUUUGAGGGCACCUGUAGUGGUUCUCAGCUGAGAAGUACUGUCAUCUAAUGGGGUACAUUUUCAGUUGUCACAGUGACUGGGCCAGCAUUUACUGCCAAGACCUAGUGGUGUCUUGCUUACUAGGGACAGUCCCAUCCUGGAAAGACUUCCAUCUAAAAUACCAACAGCAUAGUCCCCUUCCCGCCAUGAAGCUUGUUAAACUUAGUGGUUGUAGAAUUCCAUCUUGUAUUAUUUUUUUCUCCAAACAAAGUUACACCUGUAAAUAAAAUACCUUUUCAGAAUGGUAAGUACACCUGAAUUUUGUUAAGUUCGUGGUUUUAUCUCAAAUCACCUUGUGGAAAUGAUUUCUUCCCCUUAAGCUUACUGGUGGGAACUUUAUGAAAUAACUGAAUUCACCUGGAGGGAGGGGUACACAAUAGUAGAAUUUAUUGAGGUGGCUAUAGUUCUGCAAAGUGGCCAAGUUAGUUUACAAGCCCCCUUUCCUAAUCCUUUUUUUUUUUUUGCAGGAGGGAGUCUUUUUGAGACAGGGUCUCCCUGUAGCCCCAGCUGUCCUGGAACUCACUAUGUAGACCAGGCUGGCCUUGAACUCACAGAGAUCCGCCUGCCUCUGCCUCCCAAGUGCUGGGAUUAAAGGCAUGUGCCACCACGCCCGGCCUCCUAAUCCUUUUUUAAAGCAAAAUCACAUUUUAAUAUUUAACCCAAAUAAGCAAUGGGAUAAGGUUAAAGGCAUAUGGUGCACUGCUUUUGAAGCUCUGGAAAUAUUGAGAGCUGGAUUUUAACUAGUGACUUUUUUUCAUGUGCAGUGAAUUUGUCACAUUUUAAACACCAGCUGAGGUAUUCAAACUCAAUCCCCAUUAAAAAUCAAAGGGACUGGGGGGAAAGAGGGUGUUUAGGAGAGACCCAGACUGCUUUCCCUUAGUGUUGCUAUAUAUACAACUUUGGUUUUCAUUAAAAUGGUAAGAGUUUACUUUUUAAAAAAAUGGUUUUAAAACUUAGUCUGAGUUAAAUUUUUUUGUUAUUGUUGUUACACUAGACUUGGGCAGCCUUGUAAAACUAGCAGACUCUCACAUACCACACGGCCAGAGUAAAGCUUAAUCCUUUCUAUAAUCAGGCACCUUCUGCUGCUUUUGAGGAAGACUUUUCCUGUGUAGAUGUUAAGCGAUGUCGAAAAGGUUCCAUUCUUCCGGUUGUAGCAUGACCUGACAGCUCUAGGCAUAGCAUUUCUGUCAGGAAAAAUGAAUGUCUAUCAGGAAAUCAGGGGCUGGCCAUGUUUUCUCAGACCCCAGCUUUGUGUGCACUCCAUUGCCUGUGAGGAACUUUCUGGCAUGUGAUUAUUUCAAAACUAGAGUUUCAGGCACCUACAUUAACUGUUUUGUAUCGUGUGCAGAAUAGUAUAUCUUUUGACUCAGAUGUGAUACACUGCACAUACUGCUUUUCACUCUUUAAAAAACUGUACUGUUAGAAAAUAUUUAUAUUCUUUGAGUGUGAGCUUUUAAUAGAUGGCAUUAUCACUUUGUUUUUAACAAAAUUUCUCUCUCAGUUAUUCUAUUGCAAUGUUAUUAUGAGCAAGUCUUAUGCCAAAUACCGUGUAUAAUGUUUGUAUGGAAGAUUAAAUUUUGCUCUUGUGUGGUAAGACUAUUCAGUCACUGACUUCGUGGUUGGAAUUUGAUAUUCUGGCACAAAGUCCACAAUGUAUUCAGAAACCUAAGUUGGUGUCAUACAUUUCAUUUUGAUGUGAACUUUUCUUCGCUUUCCUUUGUUCUAAGACUCCAUUUUGCAAUAAACGUUUUGACAGUAAA